CGAUUGCCAAAGCCGUUUUUCUCUUGUGUUCGUAGUCGACCUGAGAAGAUGAAGGUAGAGUCAUUUUGCUCAUUUUUUCAAAACCAAGAGAGUUCGAAAGUCACUCGAAGAAACACCAGGUCUUCAUCUUCUGUUACUGUUGAGAACCCAGAACCCAAUGAAUCCCACCAACCAACCGUUGAUGAUCUCACAUUUGGAGAAGAAUCAAUCACUUUGGAUGCUCUUCUCUCUGAUUUUCCAGGCAGACGCUCUCAGAUUCUUGACCUGAUUCGUCUUAUCGGCCCAUUGGAUUGCCCUUCCUUUCCAAUAAUGGUCUAUGGAGACGCUUCUACUGGAAAAACCAGUGUUGUUCUUCAGGUGUUCAGGCAUCUCAAUCGCCCCUUUGUUUAUUCAAGCUGCCGUACAUGUUACAGUCCACGUCUCUUGUUUGAGUCGGUUCUGAAUCAGCUGUUGCUGCAUAGCAAGUGUUCUUCAAAUGGGUAUUCUAGCGCAAAACGAUGUGACAAGCCAUCUGAUUUUGUCAACUUACUUCGUCAAGCUCUCAGCAAUGUGAUGGAAACUCUAGACUCUAAAUCCGGAACCUCAAGAUCAAGUAAGCCGGAUGGAAAACCUGUGGGGAAGAUGGUGUAUCUCAUACUUGAUCAUGUGGAUCUUAUCAAAGAGUGGGAAAAAGGCACUAUGAUUCUGCAGUUUCUUUUCAGUUUGUAUUCUGUUUUGAAGAUGCCUCAACUUGGUAUAAUUCUCAUCAGCGGAUUGCCACCAGAUGUUUAUUACUCAAACAUGGGAUACACAGACCCUAUACCUGUUUAUUUUCCUGUGUAUUCUCAAGAGGAACUUCAUCAAAUUUUCUUGAGAAACCAAGCUAACCGGGAUUUAUACUCCGCAUUCCUCGAUUCUGUAUUGAAACCUUUUUGUAGGGUCACGAGGAGAGUUGACGAACUUUCCACUACCAUCUCAUCAUUGUUCAGAAAGUAUUGUGAACCGCUUGAUGAUUUAGGGCUUUCACCGAGUGAAGAUCUGAAGAGAAGGCUGUAUAACCAACUUAAACCGCUUAUUGCUCCUUGUUUAAAUGAGAUAUUCAGGGUCUCAAGUCGCCCUAAUGAUGGCGACAACAGAGGCGAGAGAAGGCAGAAAGCCAGCUGCAGCUCUGAAAACCGUGAAGAAGUUGAAAAAUUAGACUUCCAUAUGUCUACUUCAGCAAAGUAUCUUCUUAUUGCGGCGUUUCUCGCUUCAAGAAACCCAGCAACGCUGGAUGCGUCGAUGUUCGACUCCACAGGGGGCAUGGAUAAUCGUAAAAGAAAGCGCAAGGCCUCAGAGAAAUCGAUGGAAAAGAAGGAAAUUGCAGAGCAGGAAGCAGUCAUGAAAGGGCCGGGAAGCUUUCCAUUGGAGAGACUAUUGGCGAUAUUCCAGUGUAUUGCCUCUGUAGGAGAUUCUUCAUUUGGCGAAGAGGAAGAAGGAAAAGAAGAAGAAGAAGAAGAAGAAGAAGCGACGGGUUACGACAGAGAGAAUAACAACCUGAUGUCUGAUGUUCUGCUUCAAGUCUCAAGUCUUUGUGAUGCAAACUUUAUAACAAAAAGUGGAAGCUGCCCAUUAGAAGGUUCUGUUAGAUACCGAUCCAUGGUGUCUGAAGAUCUGGCUCUCAAGGUUGCGAGAAGUCUCAGGUUUCCACUGUCCAAGUACUUGUACAGAAGAUAAUGUGUGAAAUCCAAAAGCUUUUGAGGAAGAAACUACUCUCGAUGCGUUAAAACACUCGAAGCAAUGGCCCAGACAGCUAUGUUGUUCUGUUAAUGUCUGCAUUUUGUGUGUGUGUGUGUGUGUGUGUAAACUUAGCCAUGGUUUUAACUUUUAACACAGGAGGCUAAAGCUUUUGAUGGAGAAAACUGAGCCUUGGCCAUAAGUCUAAAAAUGUAAAUGAAAAGCCUUAAAAUUAUAUAUUAGUCGACAUAAUU